AGAGAAACGACCACUAUGACCGAUUCAAUAAAAACGUUUGAAACGGCUGAAGAGUACUUUUCGUACAUCAAGAAACACGAUACUUCGAAAAGCAAACUCGACAUUCCAACGAAUUUACACACAAUCAUCGCCUCUUUCGAUCAAUGCAAGUCACCUAAAAAACAAUUCGCUGGAAUAAGCGUACUUCUGGGAUUGAUGUACAAACGGAAAAUCAGACAACAGCGGAAGGACAACUUGAAUGAUGUACGCUCGAAUCACACACAAAUCAAAGCACCGAAGCUGCCCUUGAAACAAGACUCGAACUUGUGUCGCAGCGCAUUCGUUCCGGACGAGUUUAAACAAUGCUCCUCACCGUUCGUCAAAGGUGCUAUUGCUAUGUUCUGUCUGCAAUCAUCCAAAGAGUCGAUACGCCGGGACCUGUUGUUCGCCAUUCUGCAGGGAGCCAUAGUGCAAAACGAUGACAUUCUAAAUCUAGCGAGAGAAUCAUUUCAUAGCAUCAGGGAAACCAUCAGUGAAAAUUACGCCGUCAACGAUGAAACUAAGAAACAAAUUAUCUGUGGUAUGCUCGUCACGUCGGACGUGCUGCGCGAAAAGAGUUAUUCCAAACUCGCAAUGACCGUUGAUCCGAAGAUCUACAUACUAGUCAUCAAGCACUUCACCGAGCGUUCUCAAUUCAAUACAAUUUUUCCCUAUACCGCUCUCAUCACAAAAUACAUCAGCACGUCGAUUGCGUCGAAAUUCCAGGCGUCGGAACGCGACAAAAUUCUCAAUGUUUUCAACGUCAACGCCAAAUCUAUCGUCCGUAUAAUGAUCGAAAGUCUUCCGAACGAUCGUCAAAUGAAAUCGGUAAAGUUCGACGAGAACAUGAAAUAUUUCGUGUUUCGCGGACCGACCAACUUCCCCAAAGACAUCGUCUACUCGUACAUUAACUUCAAUGGCAAAAUCUAUCAAGUGGCAACAUACAAAGAUUGCUUGUAUGACGUCUUCGGUAAUGAGGACGAGCUUUUCAACAAACACACAUGGCAUCAGCGACUUGAUUCGAUCGACUAUCGAACGAAAAUCAUCAUUGAAGAGAUGUCAGGCGCAGAAUUGAACAACCUUAGCGAGAACGCUACCGUCGCGAUAAGUUGGAUGGAAGAUGGCAUGUUUCGCUACAAAACACACACCUUCGUCAGGCGGGAGAUCAAGAAAAACGGCAAAUGAAAAAUCUAAUGAUAGAAAUUACUUUUAAUUUGAUUUUUUAAA